CGCCAUCGCAAUGAGCUCGAUAUACGAGCGCCGCGCGCGAAGCUCGCGCCUGUGCUCGCGCGGGCUCGUCAUCCUCUUCCUGCGCUUCUUCUGGAUCGUCGCCAUCGUCUGGUGCGAGUUCGGCGUGUUCUUCUACAGCCUGUCCGGGUGCAGGUGGCCCGACCGGUCUCUGACGCAGCUCGGAUCAAGCGACGCGGCGCACGGCUCGAGCGCCAACGCGAACGCGAACGCGAAUGUGAAUGUGAAGCCGACGAGGGUGUUGCUCGUGUCGGACCCCCAGCUGCGGUUCAAGCGCGGGGGCGGGCUUCUGGCGUCGUGGCUCGCCCCGGAUCCGGCGACUUCGUACGUGAGGAAGGCGUGGCACGCUGCGACCCGUCUGCGCCCCCAUGCCGUCAUAUUUCUUGGCGACAUGCUGCAUUCUGGGAGGUAUAUCAAGGACAAGAACGACUAUGAAGACUACUACAAACGAUUCAACGAUACUUUUUCUGUCGAUCCCUCUGUGCCUGUCUACUAUCUCCCCGGGAACAGCGAUAUUGGACUCGGAGAUUCACCACUAUUCUCAGUGCACGCACAUGACUACUUCAAGAAGUACUUUGGACCACUAAACCAGGUCGUCACCAUCGCCGGACAUAAGUUCGUCAUGCUUGACGCGUCCGGGCUCGUCGACGAGGACUACCGUCGACACACGAUAGAAAAGACUUAUGAUGAGUGGAUGUCGUCCCCUGAUGGGACUGUUUCGUUUGUCAAGUCGGUCGCUGAAGAGUCAACAUCGGAACCUAUCAUACUCCUCAGUCAUAUCCCCCUUUCGAGACCAUCGAGUAAGUCUUGUGGGCAGCUGCGAGAAAAGGGCCGGAUUCUCGCUGGUGCCGGUCGAGGAUACCAAAAGCUACUGGGGAAGCAGACAACAGAGUUCUUGCUUGGUUCGCUGCGUCCGCUUGCAGUCUUCAGCGGUGAUGAUCACGAUUACUGUGAAGUCACCCACAUGCUGCGAAGAAAAGACGGUGGUCUUACGCCAGAAACCAUCAUCCCCGAAAUUACCGUCAAAUCCUUCUCCCCUUCCAAAUUCAUCCGCCGUCCGGGCUUCGAGCUGCUGUCGCUCAUACCCCCAACACCCUCUUCAUCUUUAUCUUCGUCAGACGCUGAUGCCCGUAGCUUCGCAUAUGACCAAUGCCUCCUCCCCGACACCCAGCGGAUCUGGCACACAAUCUACAUCCCCUGCGGCGUGCUCACCGCGCUCCUCCUCGUCUACGUGAACACGACCCGCUCGCGGCACCACCGGCGCGUCUCCUCGCUCGCGCCCAUCUCGCUCUCCCCACAGGGCAGCCCGCCUCCCCGCCACCAGCAGCACCAGCAACAGCAGCAGCGGCCCGAGUCCGCGAUCUGGUCGACGUUCUCGCCGGCGCGGCCCUCGCCCGGCAUGGGCCCGGUCAGCCCGACGAGCCCGCUCCCGCCGUCGCUGCGCGUGCCGAGCGGGAAGGGCGGCGCGCCGGGGACGUUCCACGCAUCGAGCAGCACGCCCGGCGGGCCGACGCCGCGCGACUCGCCGCUGUUGAGUCCGAUUGCGAUUUUCUCGGACGAGGACGACAGGGAGGAUGCGUUGACGCCUGCGCAUUAUUUGGCGCCGUAUCCGUAUGCGCGACCUGCUGCUGGCGCUGGCAAUGGGUCUGGGCAUGGGUCUGGGCAUGGACAUGGGAAUGGGAAUGGGUUGUUGAAUGGACACGGGCACGGGGCGAGGAUGGGAGGGUACUUUGAGGAGGAAGAGGCGCCGCCGCGCCGCGCGAGGUCGGAUUCGCUGUUUGGCAGUGGGCGCGGUGCGCAGAAGGGGUGGAGCUGGAGCUGGAGCUUUGUGCUGGGUGGGCGGAGGCGGCGGAUGACGAUCAAGGUGCCGGCGGUCGUGCUGCGCGUCGUGUGGCCGCUGCAUCGGCAGCUGAUGGUCGGGGAGAGCGGCGCGCUGGGGCGGAAGAGGAGGGGCUUGUUGCGGAGGCUGGCUGGGGAUGUGUUGAGCGUUGCGUGGCCUGCGGUCGCUGCUUGGAGCGUCGUGGGCUGGUUGUUCUUCUGAAGAGAACGAUGCGAGGACAUUAGGAGGAUCUCAGGAGGAACGGACGUUUGAUUUUACAUUAUAACUUGCGAACUCAUUGGACAUAGCAGUAGAUGCUUGUGUUGUGUGG